AGGUCAUAGCUCUGAACUUCUAUUGGAAAUUUACUUCCACUUGCACGUCAUAUAUGAACAUUGAACACCAAACGGAAAACAAGCAAUUGAUUCAUCACAGUCAUGUGGAACCUGGGUGAAAGAGCAUAGCAGGAUAAAGAAAAGAUCUGAAAGAAACAACCAUGCCCCUUAUCAACACAUCUAUUCAAUAUCUAAUUAGAAGACAAAACCAGUGCAAGAGGAUAAGAAAACUAAGAGGCCUAGAGAAGAGGAAAUAACACUGCCAUUGCUCUCAGUUGACAUGACUGCAUAUAUAGCACACCCUAAAGAACCUACAAAAUAUUAUGUCUAAAACAGGAAGUUUGCAGGAUUACACUAUACAAGACUACCUUGUGAACUAAAAUAAAAUCUUACACCUCCAGCCAAGUGAGCGGAACGCUCUCUUGGCCAAGGGAACUCCAGAAAAACCAUAAAGCUGAGUUGCUAGCCCUGAGGAGAAGAAAGGAGUCCUAUUAAAAAUGAAGAUCUGGGAGAGAAUUGAAACUCUUCACUUUCUAAACUUUGCCCUUGUUAUUACCACUGUCACAAACACAUUUUAGAUGAAUCACAUAAAAUUUGCAAUAGUUGACUUUUUUUACAUACAAAAAUGAUGACUUCAUAUAGUUUGAACUAAAAUGCUAUCCCUAUUUCUCUGUCUUAGAUUUCUUCUCUCCCACUGUCACUCUCCUCGUGAAGUUUUGCAUGGAUUGACUCACCCUGAAAGGAUGUCCCCUUCCCAAGGAAAACAUCUUUGCAAUCAUACUGGUGUUGCUCCCUCAGGACUUCACUUCUGGCUGCCUGUCCUGGUUAGCAGCCGAAUCAUCCCAGCCCACUGGGUGUUUUUGCCACACUGCCUGUCCUACUUAGCAGCCAACUCGUCCUGGCCACAGUGUGCAUGUAUGGAAUGUGUGCCAACUCUCCAACUUCACUCCUUCUCUCAGACUGUCCCGCCCCUCCUUCUCUCAGUCUCUUGACUCCUCUUCUCAAUCUCUGGUAUAAUCGGAGGAGUCACCAGGUUACCUGUGCAGAGCCUGCUGCUGCCUAAGGACUGAGGAAACAAUGACAUCAAGAAAGAGAAAAAUUGACUUGGUGUGGAGGAUACUCAAAGAACAGUGGACUUAUGAUUACUUUUUUGUGCAGUACAAGGAAAGAGCUGUGUGUUUGAUAUGCCAAGAUAUAGUAUCUGUGUUCAAAGAAUACAAUUUGCGUCGACACUAUCAAACUCAACAUAAAGAUAAAUAUGAUUGUUUGGUCGGAGAAGUGAGAAAAGAUAAGAUAUUAAAAACUGAAAUAUAUAUUGAAAACUCAGAAAAAUACUUUUGUGAAGCAGAAACAACUAAAUACUUCAUCACUGUGAGCAAGUUUUCAAGUUGCCAAGCUAAUAGCAUGCACUGGCAGACCACUCAUGGAGGGAGAAUUUGUUAAAAAAUGCCUUCUUAUGUUGCCAAAGAGAUGUGUCCAGAGAAGGCCAAUUUAUUUAGUACAGGGAGUCUUUCAGAACCCUCAAUUACAUGAAGGAUUGAAGAAAUGGGAGACAAUUUGCAUCAGCAUUUGCAAAAAUCCCCCAAAACUUUCCUAUUUUUCCUUGGCACUUGACAAAAGUAAUGAUGUUCGUGAUUCUGCACAACUUCUAAUUUUUAUUAUUUUUAUUCAUGGGAUGAAUGACUAUUUUGAAGUCACAGAAGAGCUUGCUGUGCUGCAAAGCAUCAAAGGAACAACUAUCGGAAAGGAUAUCUAUGAAAAGUUUUGCCAAACUGUGAAUAGUUUGGAGCAGGACUGGGCAAAACUAGCCAGUGUGACAACUGAUGGUGCCCCUAGCAUGCUGGGGUCUAAGAAAGGAGUAAUUGCUCACAUUAACCAAGAUCCAAUAGCCACACACCGCCUCAUCCACCAACAAGUGCUGUGUAGUAAAUCACUGAAGUGGGACUCUGUUAAGAAAACUGUGGUAUCUUGUGUUAACUUCAUUACAAGUUAUGCACUAAACCACAGACAAUUUCAGGAAUUUCUGUCUGAGCUAAAUGUUGCCUGUGAAGACGUUCCAUACCAUACAGAAGUUUGUUGGCUGAGUCAAGGGAGAGUUUUGAAACAUUUCUAUGACUUACUUCCACAGAUUACAUCUUUUCUGCUUUCAAAAAACAAAGAAGUACCGGAGCUCAAUAAUGAGGAAUGGAAAUGGCACCUUGCCUUUCUGACAGAUGUAACAGAGCUACUCAACAGUUUCAAUGUGCAACUUCAAAGAAAGGGGGAGCUCAUCUGUGAUAUGCAAUCACAUGUGAAAGCAUUUAAAGUAAAAUUAGGCCUCCUUAUCAAACAAGUGAAGGAGGAAAGUUUCUACCAUCUCCCCACAACUCAAAAUCUGUUAGUGGAAAAAUCCUUUGGUUGCAUUCCCAAAUAAAACAUGUGUGGAUUCACUGGAAAAGUUGCAAAAGGAGUUCCACUUAAGAUUUAAAGAGCUUCAUCUCCACAAACAGGACAUACAGCUUUUCCAUAACCCAUUUUCUAUUGACAUUAAAAAUGUGGAUACAAUUUACCAAAUGGAACUGGCUGAACUGCAGAAUUGUGACUCUCUGAAAGAUACAUUCAAGUCAAGCAGCCUUCCUAAUUUGUAUGCAUCUCUCCCCUCUGAGACAUAUCCUAAUCUCAGGAACCAUGCACUCAAAAUGGCAACCAUUUUUGGCAGCACUUAUGUCUGUGAACAGACUUUUUCCAGAAUGAAACAUCUGAAAUCUCCAACCAGAUCUAGAUUAACUGGUGCACACUUGCAUCACUUGUUACGACUAGCAGUGACAAAUAUGGAACCAGACAUUGACCAUCUCAUUAGCCAAAAGCAGGUCCAUAGUUGCCAUUGAAAUACUGAGGCUGUACUAGUUUGCAGUGCCACCAGCAGUGCAUGAGUGUUCCCUUCUCUCUGCACCCACACCAAGCAUCAAUUAUUUUGGGACCCUGUGAUAUGAAAAGGAGGAAGGAGGAACAAAGUCAGAAAGAGGAGAUAAGACAGUAGAACCAGAGCUUGGAGGGAGUGAUGCACUUGGAAGACAGAGGAAGAAGCCAAACAUCAACAGACCUGUAAAAGAUGCACUUGGUGUCUACAUCCUGGAAAAGGAAAGGAAGUGGAUUCUCCCUGGAGACUUCUGGAGAAACACAGCUUUGACUCAACUUUGGUAUGAGACUUCUGACCUUCAGUGUGAUAAGGGGAUAAAUCCAUGCUUUUUAAGUCACUAAAUUGUAAUAAUGAGUUACAGCAGCAAAAGAAAACAAAUUAUGAUUGUAAUUAAAUAGGACUUUUUAGACUUUUGCCUCUGACCAAGGUUUGCCAUUAUACCUAAAAUAAUCAAACUAAACCAAAGAAAAGCAAAAACCAACUAAACAAACAAUAAACAUGAAAAACAAUUGUCAAGACACUGAAUAUCAAACAACAAAGGAAAGACCUCUUUUAUAGCCAGGAAACAAAUAAAAUGUCCUACAAUUGUCCCAGUUUGCUGAUUUGAGAGUAUUUUCAGACAAUGGCACAGUGAGGAUAACCUGGAGAACUCACUGAGUUGAGGAGACUGAGCUAAGAGUCUGGAAAGAAAAUGGCAAUAAGACUUUACAGAACAGAGAGUGUGGAAAGACACAGAGCAGCUUUUCAGGUAGAGAGGUCUUGAAGAUCUGCUUGUGAGAAACAACUUCAGCCUGGAGAAACAUCACUGGUACAUUGUACCAAACAUUUAAAGGUGAAAUAAUGCCUUAUCUACACAAACUCUUCCAGAAAAUGGAAGAGAAUCAUAUAUUAUAAGAAAUUAUAUAUUCCUUUAACAACAUGGAUGCUAAAAUUAUAAAUAAAAUUUUAGCAAGUCAAAUAUACCAUAUAUAAAAUAUAUCAUAAUCAAGUUGGGUUUUCCCAGAAAUUUAAUGUUGGUUUAAUAUUCAAAACCAAUCUACAGAGGGUGCCAAAAAAAGUAUAAACAUUUUAAGAAGGAUAAAAUUAUAAUACUCAAGUCAUAUUUGACAUCUGAAAAUUCUGCAAUUAUAAGACAUACAAGAUAUAAUACACAAGAUAACAAACUUUACCAAUAAAUAUUGAGUAUUAUAAUUUUAAUACUGUCUUUCCUUUAUUUAAAUGGUAUACAUUUUUACACCCUUGUUAUAUAAUUUGCCUUAUUAAUAACUCUUUCUUUUUAAAUGUAUGAUAGUCUUAGUAGCUGCAGUAAAAACAUUUAAACAAGUACAACAUUCAUUCCUAAUUGUAAAACAAACCUCAUAAAAAACAAAGAGUAGAAAAAAAUUUUCUCAACUUGAUAUAGGCAUUUAAGAAAAAUCUAUAGUUAACAUUAUAGUUAAUAUUAAGAAAAAAACAAGGAUGGCCAGGCUUGGUGGCUCAUGCCUGUAUUCCCUGCACUUUGGGAAGCCAAACUGGAGCAUCACGUGAGGCCAGGAGUUUAAGACCAGCAUAGUGAGCAACAUAGUGAGACCCUGUCUCUAUAAAAAGUAAAUUUUUUUUUAAAAAAAAGAAAGAAUAUAACAAGGAAUAUCCACUCUCUCCAAUGCUAUUCAACAUUGUAGUGUAAGUUCUUGAUGGUGCGAUCAGACAAGAAAAAGAAAUAAAAGGCAUUCAGAUAGGAAGAUAAAAAGUAAAACAGUCUUCAAGCACAGGCAAAAUGGUCAGCUAUUUAGAAUAUUCUAUCAACUACUGAGUUUAUCAAGGUUGUAGGAUAUAUGACCAAUGUAAAAAAAAAAAAAAAAUGACAUCUUACUUCUCUACACUGGAAACAAUAAUAGGAAAUAAAAAUUUCUUAAGAAUAGAAUCUAUAAUACCAUCAAACAAAUGAAACACAAAAGAAAAAUCUGGCCUUAUGUGAAAGAUAUAUAUACACUGAGAAAUGACAAAACUUUGCUGAGAGAAGUUAAAGAAGACCUAAAAAAUGGAGACAUAUUCCAUGCCCAUAAAUUAGAAGUCUAAAAAUUGUUAUACUCUCAAUUAUCUUCAAAUUUAUCUACAGAUUCAAUCCGAUCUCAAUACAAUUUCCUGAAGGCUUCUUAUCAAAUUUACAAGUAGAUUGUACAAUUCAUAUGUGAAUCCAAAGGAUCUAGGGUAGGCAAAACAACUCUAAAGGACAAAAUUGGAGGCCUAUCAGUACUUGGUUUCAAGACUAAAAAUGCUGUAGUAAUCAAGGAAGUGUGCUAAUGGCAUUGACCAGGUCUAAUGGAACUGAAGAGAGAAUUUGGACACAAACUAACACAUAUAGCCAACUGAAUUUUGUUGAUGUUUAAAAGGAAAUUCAGAAAAGAAAGAAUAGUCUUUUUAAAAAUGGUACAGAAAAAAUGAGAUAUUAGUAUGUAAAAAAAAUUCUGUGAUUAUUACUGUGCACCAUACACAAAAAUAAACUGAAAAUGAUUUAUAAACAUAUAUAAAAUUUUUAAAGAUAAAACUUC